UGCCGUCCAGCAUUUAUGACGCAAUUUCCUCUUCUUGUCACAAUAAGGGAAGCUAACUUUUUUUUAGCCUUCAAGAUGAGUUUGUUUUUGCCCAAAUUAGAGUGCAAAAAAGACAUAGAUGAAGUCAUCAAAAGCGUAGUGGAGAAGGUCGUAGUUUUGAGGUUUGGGAGAGACGAGGACUCUGUUUGUCUGCAGCUCGAUGAGAUCCUGUCAAAAACUGCCCACGACUUGAGCAACAUGGCAUCCAUCUACAUCAUUGACGUGGAUAAAUCUCACAUCUACACAAGAUACUUUGACAUCAGCUACAUCCCCUGCAUUGUUUUCUUUUUCAACGGGCAGCACAUGAAAGUGGAUUACGGCUCUCCAGAUCACACCAAGUUUGUCGGCAGCUUCAAGAACAAACAAGAUUUCAUGGACCUGAUCGAGGUCAUCUACAGAGGGGCCAUGCGAGGGAAGAUGAUUGUCCAGAGUCCGAUAGAUCCUCGAAAUAUGACCAAAUAUGAUCUCCUCUACCAUGGGAUUUAAACUCGUCAUCGCACUCGUCGACCCUAUGAUCAUAUAAGAACUGAAACUUUAAUAUUCAAGCAACCGUCUGAAUAAGUUUUGAUAUUAAAGGGUUCCAUGUGCAUUUUUAUAAAGAAGGCAAAUGACAUACAAAAGUAAGUUGGAAAGACUGAAAUCUAUACUAUGUUAGACUUAAACCUUAAGAAAUGACAAGGGCACACAAUACAAUGACAUUUAUUAACUGUGGUUCAAGAAUUACAAAAUAAUUGUAAAUGUUCCAUUAUUUUUUCUGCGAUCUUCCUUUCUCAUGUUCUCCAUGUCUCAUGUUUAAUAGAGAAGAUGUGCGUUUUGAUGAAAUAGGAUCUUCUAAUUUUUUGUAUCUAUCCUUAUUUAUUUUAUUUGUGGCUUAUUAAAAUGCAGUUGUGAUGUUUCCCAUGGAAAAAAGCUCUAUCAGAAGUGAGAUACACAUUAUUUAUCCAAUGUACAUGCUCUGUUUAAAAAAAAUAAACUUUUAUGUUUUA